AGAAGUGACUCAGACAUCUUCAUGGCCUCUAAAGAUGCCCAGAACCAAAGAAGAGGUCUGCCUAGUUUUCUUCCUGGAGCUCCAGACCCAGACCAAAGCCUUCCUGCCUCAUCUUCCAAUCCAGGGAACCAAGCAUGGCAGCUGAGUCUCCCUUUGCCAAGCAGUUUCCUGCCAACAUUAGACCUGAUAAUUAUACACCAGCAGGUGGAACUGCUUGGAAUCAUACUUGGUACUGAGACCUCCAACAAAUAUGAGAUUAAAAACAGCUUGGGACAAAGAAUUUACUUUGCAGUGGAGGAAAGCAUCUGCUUCAAUCGUACUUUCUGUUCCACUCUGCGAUCUUGCACCCUGAGGAUCACAGAUAACUCAGGUCGAGAGGUCAUUACAGUGAAUAGGCCCUUGAGAUGUAACAGCUGCUGGUGCCCUUGCUACCUACAAGAGUUAGAAAUCCAAGCCCCUCCUGGUACUAUAGUUGGUUACGUUGCACAGAAGUGGGACCCCUUUCUCCCUAAAUUCACAAUCCAAAAUGCAAACAAAGAAGACAUUUUGAAAAUUGUUGGUCCUUGUGCAACAUGUGGCUGUUUUGGCGAUGUGGAUUUUGAGGUGAAAACCAUUAAUGAAAAGCUUACAAUUGGGAAGAUUUCAAAGUACUGGUCAGGAUUUGUAAAUGAUGUCUUCACAAAUGCUGACAAUUUUGGAAUUCAUGUUCCUGCAGAUCUAGAUGUAACAGUCAAAGCAGCCAUGAUCGGUGCCUGUUUUCUCUUUGAUUUUAUGUUCUUUGAACAUUCACUGGCUGGAUUAUAAUAACCAAGAUAAUGAAAACAAUAAAAUAUGCAGAACAUAUUUCAAAUUCUUUAGAAUAUUUCAAAGCACUUCCACACAUAUGAGUGGACCUCACAAGAAAACAGAGUGUUUCAGUUGUACAUAACAUCAGAGAUGACCAGGUACAACCUC